AUGACGUUGUUGAGAGAUAUUUUCAUGGUGACAUUGGAUCCCAAUGAUUCUAAGGGAUAUACUUUCAUAGGAGACCUAGAAGAUGUGUCUGAGCUUAGCGGAGAUUCUGUUGAUAGCAUUUUAUUGUACCAAUUGACUGAAAAUGAAGGGCUUGAUGAGGGACCGGUGCAAUACUUGAAUUCGUGUUUCCAGCGCUGUCAACAGUUUAAGCGAAUUUCUAAGAAAAGCUUAAACGAGCAGCAAACGGCAAUUCUUCAGGAGAUAGAUAGGUUGAUAAUUGGAUAUGCGUUGGUUUGCUUUGAAGUGGAAGAAUUUGCGAUUAAGGGCUCUUUGGAACAAUACAUUGUUAACAUAUUGAGAGACUUGGACAAAUUUACGGAUUUGCUUCAAGCAAUGAUCAAUAGAGCCAUCCAAGAGGGAACCUUGUUUGAAUUUGCGGAAAGUUUCUUUAGGACGCUUCAAAGCCAUAUAAUGAAAUUAGAUUCUCAGGUCGGAUUUGAUAUGAGCGACUCCAGCAUUUAUAACAACAUUCUAACGUUGUUCGAGUUGUUCGUAUCCUUCAAGCCCAUGGCUAAUAUUUUCACGAGUUUGCCCGGCUUUUUCGCUGACCAUACAACAGAAGCAAAUCAGUUCGAAAAGGUGACGCUCAUGGGUCCAAUAUUGUCUCUUUCUCCUUUGCAAACCGCAGUCGCAUUAAAGAAUUAUAUAGACCCUGACACUCAGAGCCAGAAACAAACAAAUAUGAUCCAUACCUCUUUGCAAACAGAACACAAUGUUGUGUUGCAAAGGUUAUUCUUUAUCGUUGAUAAGAUCAUCCGGGCCUCUCAAGAAUCCAGAUCAGACCUUCUCACAUACUUCGGUCAUAUCGUUAAUAAGAACCACCUUCGCAGAGGUGAUCAUGCACAAGCCAAUAAGCUUGCCUCAAACGCGUUCAUGACAAAUAUUACAUUGAUAUUAAUCAAGUUCUCUUUGCCAUUCCUUGAUGUAUCCUACAAAAAAAUUGAUAAGAUUGAUGUUAACUACUUCAAUAACUUGAAUUUGUACAUCGACUUGAAUCAAGAGACAAGAAUGAACUCAGAUAUAAAGGAAGCUGAUGAGUUUUAUGAACAAAAUAAAAAAUCAGACCAAGAAGAGCCAAAUUUCAUCUCUCACUGCUUUUUCUUGACCUUGACAUAUUUGCAUUAUGGUAUGGGAGGUACAAUUCUCUUUGAUGAAAGAUAUGCGCCGGAGAUUACCAAAUUAAAGGAGCAUCUAACUCACCUAAGACAGGUUAUAAGCAACUCUCAAAACAGUAUGAUGGCAAGAUUUGGGGAGAUUCAACUAAAACAACUUGAGAAACGUUAUAAUCAUUUGUCAUCCAUUCAUUCUGCAUGCCAAGGCUUCUUCAGCAAUAAGACUCUGCACCUCGAGGUGUUUGACUUUAUAUCUGGCGCCAGUACAUUCUUAAUACGCGUAAUUGAUCCAUCUCAUCAAUAUCCGUUCCACACAAUUGAACUCCCCUUGAUUCCAGAUCAAAUUGGUGUUGAAAAUGUUGAUAAUGCAGAGUAUCUAAGAAAAAACGCACCUGUUCCAUUCAAAUAUUACCCAGAGUUUGUUAUUGAGGGACUGAUCAACUACUGUCAAUAUGUCACAAAGUAUGUUCAUAACCCCUUGUUCAAGAACCCAAGAUUACACUCCUAUAUCGAAUUAGCCACUGUCAUAUUACGUUGUCCAGAAUUAAUUUCCAACCCGCAUCUAAAGGGUAAAAUGGUUCAAGUUUUGAGCAUCGGUGCUAUGCCGAUGUCAGAUAAUACUCCAGGAUUUAUGAUGGAGAUCUUUGAGAAUAAUGAUAUAGUUUUGAAAAACUUAUUGUAUGGACUAUUAGACUUUUAUGUCAUUGUGGAGAAGACAGGCUCCUCUUCGCAGUUCUAUGAUAAGUUUAACGCUCGGUACAGCAUUUCCAUCAUUCUUGAAGCAUUAUACAAUAUCCCUCACUAUCGAAAGCAGUUACUGUGGCAAUCUCAAAAUAAUUCCGAUUUCUUCAUCAGAUUUGUCGCUAGAAUGUUGAACGAUCUAACGUUCUUGUUGGAUGAAGGUCUUUCAACAUUAGCAGAAGUUCACAAUUUACAACAUGAACUUGAAAAUAGAUCUAAGGGAUUACCACCUAGCCGUGAGGAAGAUACUCAAGAAUUACAAAGCAGACUAAAAUCUGCUGAAAGACAAGCUAAAUCUUCCUGUGGCUUAUCUGAAAAAUCAUUGGUGUUGUUUAAUAUAUUCACUAAUCAUAUCCCUGAAGCAUUUGCAUCUGCUGAAAUUGUAGAUAGACUAGCCGCCAUGCUAGAUUAUAAUUUGGAAAUGUUAGUAGGAUCCAAGUGUCGUGAAUUAAAAGUCAAGGAUCCUUCGAAAUACCAAUUUAAUCCAAAAACUCUUCUACAAACAUUAGCCACUAUUUACAUUAAUUUGGCCAAUGAACCUGACUUUGUGGCUGCUGUUGCUAGAGAUGGAAGAUCUUUCAACAAAGAACUUUUCAAAAAGGCAGUUCACAUCCUUUCUGUGAAGACAGGUCUCUUCUCUGAGGAGAAAUCUCGUAAAUUAUUAAACUUUGCUGAAGAGGCAGAUAAAAUGAGACUACAAGAAGAGCAGGAGGAUCUGGAGAUGAAUGAUGCUCCGGAUGAAUUCCUGGAUCCACUAAUGUAUACUAUCAUGAACGAUCCUGUUAUUCUUCCUACUUCUAAGGUGACUAUUGACAGGAGUACCAUUAAGGCACAUUUGCUCAGUGACUCUACUGACCCAUUUAAUAGAUCUCCCUUGAAGUUGGAAGAUGUUAUUCCAAACGAGGAACUUAAGAGAAGAAUUGCAGAAUUUAAAAAAUCAAAGCGUCUUAACAGAGACUAA